UUUAAAACACCCUUGCAGAGGCAACGCGAGCGGCACCGUCUACGUAACCGAUUACAGGCCAGAAUGCGACGCGUGGCCGAGGAGGCGCGCAGAUGGACUGCCCUGGUGGAAUCCAAGGUGGCCGCCGGCACCAUCAUCUGUGAUCAUCAGCCAGUUCAUCCCACGCUGGCCACCCUGACCGGCAGACGAUCGCGUUUCCUCAUAAAGUCAAAAAAUGUUACUUUCGGCCGCCUAUCGAGUUCCUUUUCCCCUGAUAUCGACCUCACCUGCGAGGGCGAGGCGUUACGCAUUUCGCGUUGUCAUGGUCAAAUAUACCUAGGCAACAAGGGCGAUUUCUGGUUGAGGAACUUUUCCAAACAUCCAGUUUUUGUCGACGGAAAUCCCGUCUUGAAAGGUUGGUCUCACUGUCCCACUGCUUCUCUGUCUAGUACCUUUAUUUGCUUUAAAAAUUUGUUGUGCGAAGUUACUGAGUUGUUUCUACCUCCAACAGGGCGUUUUGUUGAGUAA